CCGUGACUGCUGUGAGCGCAGCCUCCAGUGGCCAGGUCACGCCGGAUCAUAUUAAAGUGACUUCCGGGGCUGAUGUGACCAGGAACAAGGUCGGGUAUUUUGACACUUUGAUUUUGAGAUGACUUAGUCAGGAUGACUCUCAAGGCCAUCACGCAGGAAGACAAAGCUACUGCCAAUGCGCCUACACCAAACAACGUUAAGCUUGAUGCAUCUAGCACAGUAGAUGCCGUGAGCUUUUUCUCUACAUUUUACCCCGAACUACCGCAUCUUAAGUUUGACAAGACCGCAGCCACUAGCAGAGAGACACUCGGCCUUGAUUGCGCAUCAGUCACCCGCCAGGAGACACAAUGCAACCGAGACUUUUGUAUCCCUGACCCCGUACUACAAGGACUUCCGUGUACACCGGGGAAUGAAGCUGCCGUUGCCACAGGCUCUGGUCCACCAGGGAAUGUUAAUCAACCCCCGUCAAUCGAAAGAAAAUUAUCUGUCAUACCCAAAGAGGAAUCCGCGCCUGUCGAAUACCCGGCCAAUAAUUCCCUAAACUCAAUUUCAUCCGCAAUCAUUCCCGAAUCAUUUGAAGCAUCAGAAUCAUUGUCUCUUGGUCCCGUACAACAACCACCAUUCGCAAACAUUCAAUCUAAUAUCACCCAACGCACCGCAUCCAUAGAAAGUAGCUUGUCUCCUCGCAAGAACAGCAUUAUCAUACCCGAUGUGGCAUCUACAAAUAUCAUUUCUUCUGUCCUUAAAUCUGCCGCUGAAUACAGCAUUGAGAAUACCGGCAUGACCUAUACAACUACUCCUAUCAAGACCAAACGUGCAGAAGUGCCUGUUGCUGUUACAUAUGCGGACGCCACAAACUUAGCUGCACGAUAUCCAGACCUAGCCUCUCAGAUCCUUGUUUCCCCACUGCGGAAGCGCACCGCACGUCAGGAAGUUGCCCUGACACCCGAACAGGAUUUGAUCGAGGAGGGCCCGCCAAGAAAGCGUAGGCCUCGUCGUCCUCGCAGGCACAGGAGUAAACGUUCUCAGGACAAUCAAGAAGAAUCUCAACAACAAAGUCGAGGAUCCUUGCGGACCCCGGGACCUGAUGCUUCUCCAUCCCGCCACAAGGAUCCGAGUUUCGCUUCUGGAUCUGUCGAUCCGAAAAGGACCUCCGGAUUUCAGUCUGCACAUGGUUCUCAGCAGCUGGAUUGGUUGAUCGAAUUCUGCGCCGCCUACGCCAAAUCCAUCUGUGGAACGUGCCCCGUCGCUCCAGACGAAUCGGCAUGCAGCUCCAGCGACACCGCGAGAGAGAACACUCAACUACCAACGAGAAAGUAGUGACACGAACUGGGGCGCUCCGGCAGCCGAAAUUCAGGCUUCGACUCCACCUCCUACGAGAUUUGCAACACCGAGACGAGCUCCUGUCCAAGAACAGCACAGCGCUAUUUUUUUAAAGAGCGAAGAGCGUGCUGGUAAGGCUACAGAUCUGGCGACUGCCUCUAUCGGGCGGCGUUCUAUU